ACAAGAACACUCCACAGCGCUCAGAGCAGGCGACGGGACAGGACGGGGCAGAGCGGUGCUGUGAGGAGCCCCCGCACAGCGCACUCGUUCCUGCCUGACCCGGAGCUUUUCUGAGGUGUUGUUCCUGCAGCUGACCUCGAGGCCAGACUGUGGGACUUGCUGACCUGAGUCAUUUACCAGGAAUCUCCUGUCAUUGUGGCAGGAGCCCCCAAGACUAGAGUGCAGGACUUGCUGUCCUGCAGCUAUCCUGAGACCGCUCUGUCUCAGAAAUCUUCAAGGCACAACUGAAAUUGCUGACUUGGCAAUAUCCUGAGGCAUCUCUCUAGAAGGUGCCUUCAAGGCUGGAAGGUGGAAUGGCAGGCAGAUUUUUCAGCCUGUUCAAAUGCUUCCGGGGGAAAAAUAAGAAAGGCCCUGGAGCUGCUGCAGGAGAGCAACUUGAAGAGCCAGAGCAGAUCCAGACACUGCAGGAGGAUGCAGCCGUGGAGCGCACACAAGAGCAGCAAUCCAGCCAUGACCGCUUCCGCAGAACAGCGCAGAUGUUCCGAAAAUUCCCGCGCAUUCGGCGUAGAGAGACCAACACCACAGCAGCUGAGGGCCCAGCUGAGCCUGACUCGGGGCUGACCCAGCUCCAGGCAGAGCCUGAUGUCAGCCCAGACUUGGCUGGGCUCUCACAAGACUUGGACACCUCAGGGACUGAAACGUGGGCACAGGAUCUUCCCACAUCAGGGACUGAGGAUGCAGUCAUAACAAACACUGACAAUGAAGAGACUGAGGCCUUGAAAAAUACUGGAGCCAUGCCCACUCCCCCUGAGAUUUGUGCUUCCACUGUGGAUUUUUUCCUGGAGAGUGCUGUUCCUUAUCAGCAGCAGGUGCCAGCCAUGGUGAAGAACAUCCACCAGAGUCUCAUGUCCCACGUCACUGUGGAUGCCAGGCUGCACAGCGACAUUGUGAGGCUGGCUGAGGAACACCCUGCAGACGUGGCGCUGACCCUCCUGCACUGUGCCCCAACGUGUGACAGAGCUGCUGCAAUGAUGUGGAGAGCCAUAGGCACAUCAGGACCAACAAUGGAGAAGGUGCUGGCAACACUGCUCUGUGUGAUGGAGGAUUGGCCUGUGCACAGCACAUGCACCUCCGAUGGGGACAACAAGGACGUUUUUGCCCUGGCUGCAACUCUGGUGAUCUGGGUCAUUGUGCCUAAAUGCCAGGAGGCCAUGAUCCUUCAUUCCUCCCGCCUGUUUGUGGCUCUGCUCUUCCAUGUUGUCAUCACCACCCAGCAGAUGCCACCAGAGGAAGUUGAAAACUUCUGGAGAGCGUGCCAGGAGGAACACCACCUUCCCAGCAAGCCCAACAGGUUUGCAGUGCAGGCCAUGAAGGCUCUGCUCUGCCGACUGGAGUGUGACCAGGAGGUGAUGGAUAUGGAGCGUAAGUGUGGCUGGGACACGCUGCUGUGUGCUCACACCCAGCACUAUGCCGUGGGUCUGCUGGCCAGAGAGAUGCGCCGUGGCUCCCUCUCCUUGUGUUCUGGGAUUGCUCUCCGUCUGCUUGGGCUGCUCAGCAGGGAGGAGCCACGCUGGGAUCUGCCUGGCCUAGCGUUCCUUGUGGAGCUCUCUGCCCUCUCGUAG